AUGAAACGUCUUCUAUUGGCCAUUUUCUUUGCUACAGCAGCACUUGCUGCCCCGGAUUCACGCCGGUGCCGAUGUCAACCCCAUCAACCAUGCUGGCCAUCACCACAGGAGUGGAAUGCCCUCAACCGCUCAAUUGACGGCAACCUGGUCGCAGUGCAGCCUGUAGCUGCCCCUUGCCAUGUCAACCCCAACAGCACCGCCUGCCAGCAAGUCACAGCGCAGUGGUCCAACUCCGUCUGGCGCGCCGCCCAGCCCGGUGCCCUGCAAUGGGAGAACUGGGGAGCCUGGCCGGAACACAAUGAGAGCUGCUAUAUCGAGACUGCGCCAUAUAUGUGCACGCAGGGGCGUAUCUCGCUCUACUCCGCCGUGGUGCAGAACGCACGACACAUCCAGGAGGCUGUCCGGUUCGCAAAGCGGCAUAACAUCCGGCUUGCGGUCAAGAACUCCGGCCAUGACUUUCUUGGACGCUCGGCGGCUCCGAACUCCCUUCAGAUCUUGACCAACCGAAUGAAGGGACUACAGACCGUAAAUGAUUUUGUGCCAAAGGGAGCGCCGAAACAUAAAGGCGAAGGCCCGGCUGUGACGCUGGAUGCUGGGAUUAGUCUGCAGGAGAUGUAUGCCGCUCUUGGCAAGCAGAACAGGACGGUAGUGGGUGGCACUGCUCACACUGUUGGGCCGACCGGAGGGUAUAUCCAAGGAGGUGGUCAUUCUUUUUUGAGCCCAUGGAAGGGGCUGGCGUCGGAUAAUGCCCUGGAGUUUAGUGUCGUCACGGCUUCGGGAGAUUUAGUCACUGCGAAUGCCUACCAGAAUUCGGACCUGUUCUGGGCGCUGCGAGGAGGCGGUGGCGGCACCUUUGGCAUCGUCACCCAAGUCACCGUUCGUACAUUCGAGGAAGUCCCGUUCGUCGUUACCAUGAUGAACAUCACCACAGCUGGCGGAGAUCCCGCGUUUUGGACCGCCGUGGCUGACUUUCAUGCGGUACUACCGGCCGUGACUGACGCGCGAGCAGGCGGAUAUUACUUCAUGGUUCCCAAUCUGCCGUGGGAGAAUAACCAGACCCUCUCGGUAUUGAGCUUUUAUCUCUUCCAUGCCAAUACAAGCAACACAGCGGAGGUUGGCCAGAUGUACGAACCACUGAUGAAGAAACUCAACGCGACCGCGGGCGUGUAUACUCAAUACAUGACCGUCCCCAUGCCCAGUUUCCACGAGACAAUGACAAAGUUCAUGCUUGUCGGCGAUUCGGACGCGACAGGAUCAGUCGCCUUAAUCUUCUCCAGGCUGUUCUCGAAAGACCUCCUCACCUCCAAGGACGGGCCCACCAGACUCGCUUCUACCAUGAGUAAAUUCCGCUAUACGCCUGGAGAAGCCGUUUCCGGUAUCGUGGUUGGAGGCGGCGCCGUGGCACAGAACGCAGGCAAAGUCGACAGCGCACUCAACCCAGCUUGGAGAAAGGCGGUUGUGCAUAUCGUAUACACCCGCAGUUGGAGUGCCAAUGCCACUCUGGCAGAGCAGCAGGCCGUCAUCAAGAAUGUGACGGAUGUGGAGCUGCCGCUGCUGCAAGGAGUCGAGGGAGCAGACAAGAUGGGCGCGUAUGUGAACGAGGCCUUUGCCUACGAACCCAAUUUCCAAGAGUCCUUCUGGGGCCGGAAUUACCGCCGUUUGUACAGAAUCAAGCAGAGGUGGGAUCCCGCUGGUCUGUUCAUCGCGCGCAGGAUGGUCAGUAGCGAGGAUUGGGACGAGCAGGGGCUCUGUCGGGUUGGGAAGUGA